CUUCACAUUACGUCAACAUUGAUGUGACCGCUACCGUGUCUUGCACGGUUCUGUGUGGAGAUUCGAGUUCAAUUUUGUAUGAUUAUCUGGUUAUCUUGAACAUGGAGACUUCCGUGGAGAUACAAGGCACUCAGCCUAGUAAGUUAAUCGAGGCUGUUUUGGAUCUUGAACGAAUUGACCAUAAUUUGUACAGAGCCAACGAUCACUGGAAGGAAUUCAGGUCUAAACGGCUGUAUGGAGGCCAGGUUGUGAGUCAAGCAAUGGUAGCUGCCAGCAAGACCGUCCAGCCACAGUUCCACAUACACUCACUCCAUUGUUACUUCACACGCAAAGGUAACACUGAUAUUCCUGUGUUGUACCAAGUCGAGAAUCUACGAGACGGGAAGAGUUACGCCACUCGAUUGGUACACGCCAUACAAGAAGGGAAGACCAUCCUCAUCAUGGUCUUAUCGUUUCAUGUCAGGGAAGAGUCCCCGUUUCAUCACCAGAUUAAAAUGCCCAAGGUACCAUUCCCUGAAGAACUUCCAACUUUGAAUGAGCUGAUGAACCAGAACCAUUUCAGUCGUGCUUCUGAAAAAUGGAAAGCCAAAAUUCAGGAGGUGGAAGGCUCAGGCCAGUUGUUAGAGUACAGACACAUCGAUGUAGCAAACAUCUUGGGGAACAAAUCGGCGAAGGCGCACCGGUUCAUUUGGGCACGCGUGCUAGGUCAUUUAGAUGACUCUCAUGAGAACAUCCAUCGCUGUUCCGCUGCUUUUAUCUCUGAUUCCUUCAUUGCCUGGACGGCCUAUAUGCCUCACAAAAACAUUCGACUUGGUCAGAUUGCUUCGUUGGAUCAUAAUAUUUGGUUCCACGCACCGUUCAAAGCAGAUGAGUGGAUGUUGUACGAGCUAGAAAGUCCCAAAACAGGUGCUGGGCGGGGAAUGGCUUUGGGUCGAAUUUGGCGGAGGGAUGGUGUCCUAGCAGCGACCAUUGCUCAGGAAAUCCUUUUAAGACCUCAACUCCAGAAACCAAAGAGUCAACUGUAAUCAAGGUUAAUCAAGUAAUACUAAUAAUAAUAUAUAUACUUGUAAAACCAAAAUGAAAUGAUAUGUAUAAAGCGCACUGUAUCCUUCUAACAAGUAGGCGACAUAUGGCGCGACAAAAAGGAUCAACAUCAACAGAAGAAACAUUUUGGUAAAAAUCUGACACAGCAUCUUUAAUGAGUCUUUAUUGAAGUGUUAAGUCUAUAGGUUGGGGUACAACAGCAAAAGCUGCACCCAAUCCUUACAUUUGCCCUUUUGACUUGUUAAUAAUGUUGGGUACUGUUUAUAACUGUCACUUUUAAUAUUUAUGAAACACCAAUUAUGUAUUUUUAUCAGGUGAAGGCAAUACCAAAAUAAUAUUUUAUUGAAUUGAAUUGAAUAUGAAUUGAAUUGAAUGGAAUUGAAUUGAAUUGAAUUGGAACAAGACAUAUUAAUUAAACUGUGCCAUUGUAGGCAAUUAACAUGAGGUUUGUUUUAAGAGAAGUUUUGGGGGAGUGGAGGGUUGAAAUUUAGUGAAUGUUGUGAUGAAGGCUGCUCCAUAGAUGAGGGGAAGCAGUGCGGAAAGAUCUGUCUCUCCAGGGAGCGAUAAGAUCUUGGUAUAGUCAGGAGAUGUUGACAUGCUAAACAAAGAAUAAGGCCAGGGGUGGAUUCCAAAAAGAGUUGAAAGCCUAGUAGUCUUAUCUCGAGUUAGGAAGAGGUACUCGUCCUAACUUAGGACUUUAGCCUUAAGUGUUUAACAUCUCACUACACUAGGACUAGUCUUAACUUUGUAAAAUCGACCCCUGGUGUAUUGUGUGACGUAUUGUGGUCAUAAUUAAGGGGUAUCAACGUAGUGUUCAUUCGGAGAAUUUCCCAUUUAAAAGGACAAGGCCAUUUCAUGUUGAAAGGGACACUUCAAAGUCUCAAAGUCAAUGGGAAACUUUUGACCAGGGGUAACCAUUAAAGGCCAUGGCUUCCAUGUCGUGCGUAUUAUUCCA